CUACAGGAAAAUUAACACAGCCCAAGAGAAAUAAAGAAGACAGCGCAUUCAUCUGGGCUUUAUCUGUGUCUCAGGGGGAUGUGAGACUCCGCUAAAGGGAAGUCAUGGGAAAUUCUUUGAGAGCUGCCUACUGGUCUACUUAGUCUACUAAGUAGACUACUGCUCCUCUUAGUCUGUUUCCACCUGUUUCCACCUUGGCUUCAAAGUAGAAAGAAUGGUUAAUGCUGAGGUGGGAUGGGGCAGCUUGUGAAACGGGACUGUGGAUUUCUCCUGAGCCUGAUGGUGCUCCAACAUGUGCCCUCACAAAUGCACUCAGCUCCUUAAAGGACAAUCCACGUGCAAAGCAGGAAAGAGGGAGCUCAUGAGAUGGCCUGUGGAGGGGGAGUGACCUCUGGGGACAGGACACCAAUGUGUGAUCUUGACCUUGAAACCAACUGGUACAGCACCUCCCCCAUCCCCAUCAGUUUCCUUAUUUGCACAUUGUGGAGGGGGGACAAAGGAGCUCAAAAUCUCCUUUCUCUCAGUGAUUCUUGGACUCUAAAUCCAAGAACUGGAAUGAAUGGCUGGGCUGCAGGGGAAGCUUCAAACACAAGAGAGGCAGCACCUGCACCCCCACCCCCAUGAAAUAAGGAAGUACAUUCCUGCUCCUAGGAGCUCUUAAGCCUAUAAAUAGGCUUAUUUCCUCCUGUCUCAAAUGACCAAACAGGUCCUUGAUCAAGGCUCUAAGAACUCCUGCGACUCCAUCUGUCCCUGGGGGAUAAAUGUGUGGCUGGAACCUACAUCUCCACCCCAAGGGCCAGCUCAGCCCAACCUUUCCUGGCAAGCUCAGGAUAACAUCACAAGCGUCCGGCUGCUGCGGAGGGAGGUUCUGCAGAACAUCUCGGAUGCCGAAAGCUGUUACUUCAUCCGUGCCCUGCUGAAGUUCUACUUGAAUACCGUUUUCAAAAGCUACUAUGAGAAGGCAGCUGAAUUCAGGAUCCUAAAGUCAUUCUCUACUCUGGCCAAUAAUUUUAUUGUCAUCGUGUCAAAACUGCAACCCAGAGAAAAUGAGAUGUUUUCCAUCAGUGAGAAUGCACGCAGGCAGUUUCUGCUGUACCAGAGGGCAUUUAAACAGCUGAACAUAGAAGCAGCUCGGAUCAAAGCCUUUGGAGAAGUGGACAUCCUCUUGACCUGGAUGCAGAAAUUCUACCAGCACUGAAUGCCUAGACCAGAAUACCCUCCUAGUUCUCCAUGUCAUUUCAAAAGAGUGUCCCCUCCUGUGAUGUUCUUUGGUCACUUCACGGCCUUGACCACGGGUCCUGUUCUUGGUCCCGGCUUAUCUUCAAAGACUUCAUUCUUUAAGUGUCCCCAAUAGUCAUGGAAGGUUCCCUUGGAUGCUGUGAAUAAUCUACAAAGCAGAUUCCCAUAUUUAUUACAACUAUUUAAAUCCUGUCCGUGUUUUUGCUGAUGUCAUAUUUAUUUGUGAGACUAAGUUCUGUAAAGGCGGCAGGGACAGUGCCCCAUGCUGCUCUUUGAUUCUCCAGGAUCCUUGGAACCACGUGGGUCAGUGGAUGGUGCUCAGUAAAUGCUUAAUAAACUGUUUUUUUUGUU